CGGAAAAAGUUUGAGGCCUACUCCCACAAACAAAUUUAAUUGGUUGUUGAUGUUCUCUUGUCAGCUAGCUCGUUAGCUUAUGCCUAUUCGAAGAUGUGAUGAUCCAAAAACACAAGAUAAGAACUUUUACACUUGUUCUGGCACAAACAUGUCAGCAGAUCGAGACUCUACUGUACGGUGAAAAUGAUUUGACGCAUCUGACGCUCGUGCUUAGAGUCUCCAUCUUGAAAGUUGCAGUGAAUAGGGGUUCCCAGCAGUUCAGGAGGCGUUCGAGUUCCAUCGGAAGCUCGGGAAUUUUAGCUUCCACGUACACGCGAAAAGCUGUAAAAGUGCAAAAUUUGGUUAGUAUAUGUAGUGUUAUUUUAAUAUGUAAAAUUAUUUAGUACAUCAUGUGAUUUUGCUUUUAAUAUUAAUUUCCGUGUGUAUCAAAACAGAUGUUACAUAUGCAAUUCGUUUUAGAUUCUUUUUAUGAUUGUAUUUGCCUCAAAAGAAGCAGUAACAUUCAGAUAAAUUAAGUUGAAUUUUCCUAUCAUUCGUUUAAAAUGCUGAUAUAUAAAAUACAGCAUAUCGUACGUAUGUGGAUCCAUCAGUAGACCGGUUGGCAAUUAAAUAAGUCCAACUAAAGACUAUACUGGCAUCUAGUGGUUAUUGGGUAGUACGUAAUAGACACGCCCUCUCUGGCGUUUCUUCCGCGUUCAGAUAUUUACCUAGUUUAAAGUGUUCACUUGCAUUUCCAAGUAAUUAUUAUUGAGCUUUUUAUUAUCUAUCUUCACUAUCAUUUUUAAUUAUACGUGUUUAAACUUUAACGUCAGCUUUGACUUGUCGUCUGGUGGUACCUUUUUGGUUUCUCUUUAAGAAGAAAUUCCCUAGGAGCUCUAGGGUUGACUCAUCUGGCAAGACCGGAUUCUUUUUUUUUAAGAAAUAGAACAACUUUCCUUGGACUGUGUAACAACUUUCCUGCACAGUUGUCGUUUCUUUAGCUUUUCUGAGUGACUGUGUUGACAUCGGAUACUUGUGGAGAUGAGCUAGAGAUUAAAUAGAUGGAUAGUUAGAUAGACAUUCCAGGCGGUCUCUGGAAUCGUGACGGCUCCUUUUGCAGGUUUCCAGCACAUGUUGAUCCAUCAUGGCUCCACAUCCCAUUAUCCAGGCCAUCAUCGACUUCACAGCUGGAGCAGCAGGUGGUACAGCUUGUGUUCUAAGCGGCCAGCCUCUGGACACCACCAAGGUGAAGAUGCAGACCUUCCCCAACAUGUACCGUGGCUUCAUCCACUGCUUCAUGUCCACCUUCAGACAAGUGGGGGUCCGGGGCCUCUACAAGGGCACCACCCCGGCACUGAUAGCCAACAUCAGCGAGAACUCUGUACUCUUUCUGAGCUACGGGUUCUGCCAGGACGUGGUCCGGUCUUUGGUCAGCGCGGAGGCUGACCAUGAACUCAGUGAUAUUCAGAAAGCAUUCUCUGGGUCGCUGGCAUCCAUCUUCUCCUCCAUGGUGCUUUGUCCCGCCGAGCUGGUCAAAUGUCGCCUGCAGGCCAUGUACGAGAUGGAAGCAUCCGGCAAGAUCUCCCAAGGACAACGAAGAGUGUGGACGGUGGUGAAGAAAGUGAUGGAGAAAAACGGUCCACUGGGUUUCUACCAGGGCCUGACGUCCACCAUUGUUAGGGAGUUCCCGGGUUACUUCUGCUUCUUUGGCGGCUAUGAAGUCAGCCGGUCCACGUUUGCACAUUACAUGGGCACGGACAAGGACGGCAUCGGCAUUCUUCCGCUCAUGUUCAGCGGCGGCUUUGGGGGAGCUUGUCUUUGGCUCCUGAUCUAUCCAAUCGACUGCGUCAAGUCCAGGAUCCAGGUCUACUCUUUAGCCGGGAGGCAGGAGGGCUUCCUGAAGACCUUUAUGGGCAUCGUACACAAGGAGGGGUUCAGUGCUCUCUACUCAGGCCUCACGCCCACCAUGAUACGCACCUUCCCGGCCAACGGCGCCCUCUUCCUGGCCUAUGAACUCACUAGAAAGAUUUUAAUGGACGCAGCCGGCACCUAAUGGGAUAUAUGUGGAUACGGAUUUAAUAGAUAGGUGUCUAAAAUAAGUGUAUCCCAAUGACAGCAUUGUUAGCUAGCGCAUACUAGCUCAUUUUCUCCUGUUCUAAUGCACAGAAAAGAGAAAUAAAUAUGCCUUCAUGUUUCACAUAAGGAUUGGGAAUGAUGGGCAAAAUUCCGCCAAAAAGUGGCCCUUUAAUAACAGUGCUGGCCUCAUUGAAAUUGAUUCAGGUCUAUGUUUUUUUUUUUUAAAUCUCUGUUAUUACUUUUUAAUCAGCAUAUUUUAAAAAGUCCCUUUGAAACGUGUCUGUUAUAAAUGAUAAAGUAAUAUAAAUGAUAAAGUAAUGCAAUCAGAAGCUAAAAUGUCAAUAAACAAAUUAUUCUAUCGGAUUGUUUCAUU